AGUGCAAAACCAAUAUCGUAUGUGAAUGUACAUGCAAAAAACCUAAUCUUUAUUUAUAAAAAUGUGGUCGCUACUAAAUAGCACCGUCUAACUUGAGUUUUAGAUUAGUUAUCUCAGUAUACAUAAUCGCGAACGUGUGUGAAAUUGUGAGAGAAAAACAAAUUUCUUUUUCAAGUCUCGACCUUUAUCAUUUUUAUUGGAUUCAUUCGUGCGCUUAAUGUCAUAUAGAUUUGAUUUUAUUGCGUUAUCCUUAAAUAUCAACGUGAAAUUUGAGUGAAAGAGCGAGAGUGGUGGGGACAAUAAAAAUGAACGAAUUCGAUCUAAAAUACAAUAUUAUCGAUGAAAAAACACCAACGAAUGCAACGUUAUGCGGAAAACACAAAAGGAGUUUUGCAUAUUACACAAUUCAAGAGAGACUUCCGAUCAUUUUAACAAAAAUCAUCGAUCAAACAACCCGUGAUAAGGAUGAAAUCGCCGAUAUCUUUAAGGGAGAGGAAUCCAAGGACGAUAUUAAGGAAGCUAUUGCCAACAUGUCCCAGCUUAAAUACGAACUACAAACCAACAAGGAACUAACGCCAUUGGAUGGAGAAGAGGCUGAUAAGGAUGUUUGGAAUACGUUUAUUGGGCUCUUGAGCGAAAAUAAUACCUAUUUUUCCACAAAGUGGCUUUAUGCGGAAUGCUAUUUGUAUCGUCGACUAAAAUCAAUCUUCGAAAAAACUAACACGUUAAAAACAUACGAUUAUUUCCGUAAGCAAAAGGAUGCUGCGUUUACCUCGUCAUUGCCUGCCAUAGAAAUGGUAGUUCAGCACACAGCUGAAUUCUAUAGUAAAUACACAACGGCUGAAGCAUCAACACUGCAUGAACUUGAAAGCUUUUUCUACAAACUGUUACGUAUAAAUUUAUGGGGUAAUCGAUGUGAUCUAUCGAUUUCGAAUGGUCGUGAAGUCAAGCAAUCGGGUAAUCCGUUUGAAGGUCUUGAAUCGUUUGAAUCAUGUAUAUUACAUGAUCAAUCGUCGGACAUUUGGAAUUGCAUGAAAUCGGGCGGACAAUCAUGCACCAUUGAUAUUAUUAUGGAUAAUGCUGGCUAUGAAAUUUUCACCGAUUUUGUGCUCACCGAUUUCAUUCUACGCUAUAAUUUCGCGCAAAAAGUUCGGUUCCAUUGCAAAGCCAUACCAUGGUUUAUAUCAGAUGUUGUGUAUCGUGAUUUCCAUUGGACGAUUCGUCAAUUGGCCAAAAGUGAGAAUAAAGUUUUACGUGCAUUUGGCGAACGAUUACAACAGUAUGUUGAUUCAAAUCGCAUUGAACUUCGACCGACCGAAUACUUUUGGACCAGCCCAUAUGAAAUGCAAGCAAUGGAACCAAUUGCACCAAAGUUAUAUGCCGAUUUGGCCACAAGUCAUUUAUUAAUUUUCAAAGGCGAUCUUAACUAUCGCAAACUAUUGGCCGAUGUAAAUUGGCCAUUUGGUACCCAUUUUAUUGAUGUGCUUGGUGUUUUUCGGCCAACGAACUUAUGCACAUUGCGAACGGUUAAGGCUGAUUUAAUUUGCGAAUUACCCGAUGGAAAAGCCGAUGAACUAUCAAAAUUGGAUCCAAUGUGGAUGGAAACGGGUAAAUAUGGAGUCAUGCACUUUGCACCAAAGGUCUAACGGUUCAUCACGAUGGAUUAUAAUUUAUAUUGGACGCUUUAAUUGGACUAACAUUUUCACACAACAAAUUGAUUUUGUUUUCAAGUAAUAAAUCUCAUUUUUGGAAAAAACCACAUAUUCGGCAACAUUGCUUUGUUUCAAUUGUGAAUUUUAUUAAUUAUACAUAUAUAGAAGACAAAAACUAAAAAUAAAACAGUGCCAUUGCAAUACAAAAUCUAGAAAUGUAUUUACGCAAAAUUCAAUCAAUAAAAUUAAACGGAACAUUAUUAGAUGAA